AUGUCCCCCACUCGCAAAUACUCUACGGACAAUGGUUUUGUGGAGGUAUCAGCGGGCCAACUAUCCACAUCAACCUCUGAGGCGACUUUAAUGAGUCGUUUUCACUCGUAUUUACGCUCCUCAAGGUUGGUCCAGAAGUUCAUGACUCUUCUUCGAACGCUUGGGCUCAAGGUAGUCACCUUCCUUGGCGGCAAUGAUGAUGAACCUCCGAAGGUCUUGAUUGACUCCUCAAGACGGCUCGCAAUCGCCCGCUGUGCGGUCCAUCUCAUUCCCGCAUUCCUGUCCAUCGGCCUAAUCACGCUCAACUGUGUGGGGUUUUUCAUCGGCAAUGAACUGCAGGGCCUCCAGGACCUGGAUGAGCUUAAACUCGGUGCGCUCCAGGUCGGGGCCAAAGUUCAGGAACUUCUCAUAGUCGCGAGCGUGGGCUCUGUCAUCUUCCACCUUCUUCGCCACGAACUUGUCUUCGGUGACGGUGUAACCCUUGGGUUGCUCGUUUCGGGCUUCUCCUUUGCUCAACUUAGCUACUUCUGGUCUCCCGAGUUUCUAGGGAGUCUCGGUUGGGGCUGGGGUCAUGGUGAAAAUGUGUCCCACGAACAGCGAUGGAAACGUCGCGGCUUUAUUCUCCUCGUAUUCAUCGGCGGCGCUCUAGCUCUCAUGGCUGGUCCCGCGACGGCAGUGCUUAUGAUGCCCAGGAAAAUGGACUGGCCAGUCGGUGGUGGCGUCUAUUGGCUCAAUGGAAGCGAUGACCAACUAUGGCCCAAGUUCCUCAACGCAGACUAUUAUUCCGAAAUCAACUGCACGCUCGACGCCGGCCAAUUCACCGACAAUAGGUGCCCUUCUUGUGGCUUUCUUUCCAUGUAUCAGCACUUCAUCUCGUGGUGGAAUGGUUACAGCGCGGGACACAUCUUUGAGCUGAACGAUGGGUUCCAGCGAAAGGCAGUCUACGCGAGGCCUGCAUUGAUCUCUGAUGCCAACACCUGGGUCUACUCUGCGCAUGCCGCGACUGCGGUUCUGCAGGACGCGAUGAGGGGCCAUCACAGGAGCGCUUUGAAAUAUCUGGCCACGAAGCAUCCGUACCUGCAACCUUUCCCUAAGUGUCUAGAUUGGGCGAAGCCGAAGCGUUACCAGGCUGAGACAAAGGUGCCAGCUGCGAGGGUCUUUUGUGAGCUCCAGGGCAUCAUGGAUCUUGGUGGCAGAAACCUGACAGUCAAGUUCCCCAACUUGAAAGGCAUUGACGAGUAUUGGAAAGGUAAGGGUAAGCCCGAAGUAAACGAAGUGCAUGGUGCCAUGGUACUGGAUAGCGUUGAUGUUCUGGGCGACGCGCAACGAGCCUUGGUCGCUCGGGGAAUUCUGCAAGAUGAAAAGUCGACUCUGAACACCUCCAUCUUUGACGACCGACGCGACGUACUCAUCGUCGCUACAGAUAUUUGGGACGCCACAAAGAACUCUCUGGGCCUUGUCAUUCUGUUCAAAGACUUGUUCAACCGCACUGAUGUCACCCCGGACAUAUCUCCACCAUCAAACGUCGUCGCCUGCUCCAUUGACACUCGUUGGACCAAAGCCAAAACGGUCAUGGAGACGACAGUGGACAUGCCUAUGGCCCAUGAGUAUUACGAGGGUAGGGUUCUCAACUUGAUCCAGACGGAACUCGCAUUCGAUGCUCGCAUGGGCUUUGUCCGCUUGAAUCCUCCACCCAAGCCGAUAAUGGAGGACAUCAGGUUGAGUACGGACUGGUACAACAUGUUGUCGCCCACGCUGCCCGACACAUCACCUGAUAACCUGCCAUGGUUGCCGAUCCAAGGAUUGAAGCGGACUACUCUUGAGACGUUGCUCAUCAGCAUCUACAGUGAGAAUUUCAGGCAGACUGAGCUUGAGAACCUCAUCGCUACUGUAUUCGUGGAUGGCCUGUCUCGCAGCGGCCUCAUACCAAACUACGAUGCAGCCCGCUUCCUCGAGGCAUGGCCGUAUGGCAACUUCACUGUCAACAGCACGAAGUUGGCUCGGAAGUUGCUGCGCCAGGGUGACCCAGUAGAGAUCUUUCCCGAGCCCACUAUCCUCAAGUCUGGGAACAUGACACGCAUGGAGAUGAAGGCCAUAUUCAGUGGCUAUGUCAUGACUGCACAAAACUGGUUCGACAAGCUUUCUAUGGCUGGUCUUAUCCUACACGCUGUGAUCGCUCUUAUACACACCAUCCUCGUUGUCAUCAUGGGCAAAACAGGCGGAGCGUGGGAUUCGAUUUUGGAACUGAUUGCCUUGACGCAAAGAUCUACACCACCUGGGGAGACUUUGCUUUCCAACACAUCUGCUGGUGUGCGGUCUCUAAAAACAGUCAAGUUGAUUGCCUGGGUAGAGGCGCCGGAAGCUGGGGAGACGACUGCGUUAGAGGACAAGGAGGUUCUGGGAGGGGAGUUGCAGAUGAGGUUCAAAACUCGCCUAGAUCGGCGUGACAAUGAUUUGAAACCAGCGGUGGAUAAGGUAUACGGGGUGCCACAGGGACACUGUCCACUACUGAGUCGCAAUACUGUGUAG